UCUAACAAUACGAAAAGUAUGUCGUCUACAGAUAAUCACAGUGAUGAGACCACAAAAUCAAUAUCAGGAGUUUUCUCAAAGUUUGCCGACAGAACGUCCAUGGUGGGAGUGGGCUAUAUCAACUCUUCCAAAUCAAGACUAGCCAAACUGGCCUGGACAGUGUUACUACUUGCAUCGAUGGUGGCUCUGACGUUCCAUCUAAAGUAUCUUUUCGACAUCUACUAUGACUGGCCGAAGCAGACAAAGGUCGCGUUAGGAUUCAGUGCGCUCGAGUUUCCGGCGGUGACCAUCUGUAAUGUUAAUCCUUUGAGAAAGUCCUACCUCUACAUGACGUCAGCGGAACUGCGUAGUCUGGUUUCUGAACUUACUCCUGACAAAAUGGAACAAGUAACAAAUGAAACGAAAGAACACACAGAAUUCACAAUCCAAGCGCUUGAAAAGAAUAAAACAGAAGGCGUGAACGAGGAUGAUGUCAAUCUGGGUGCUCCGUUCAAAGAUAAAGAAAAGAGUGUACUUCCAGAGCAGAACACGAAGUCAGCGAGUCCUCUCAACAGUAACGGUGAAUCAACCGUAACCGACGAGGGCGGCGCAGAAUCUGACAAACCCGAAGAGGCUAAAUCAACACCAUCCGGUGAUGUCGGGACAGUGCUUGCCAAGACACGUGGAUCCUUAAGCACAUCUACAUUAGACACAGCUACACGUAAAUCCGUAGAAACAAAUACAUUAGACAGAGUUACACGUGACCCAUUAGAGACGAAGACUCGUAAACCAUUAGACACAGCUUCACUUGACCCGUUAGAGACGAAGACUCGUAAACCGUUAGACACAGCUUCACUUGACCCGUUAGAGACGAAGACUCGUAAACCGUUAGACACAGCUUCGCUUGACCCGUUAGUGACGAAGACUCGUAAACCAUUAAACACAGCUUCACUUGAUUCGUUAGAGACGAAGACUCGUAAACCAUUAGACACAGCUUCACUUGACCCGGUAGAGAAGAAGACUCGUAAACCAUUAGACAAAGCUUCACAUGACCCAUUAAACACGAAAACACGUAAACCGUCGGAAGGCGUAACAGAUCAUACGCCAAGAACAAAAACACACGGAUCACCGUCAACGACACCGAAGACUAAAGUAAAGAAGAAACCACCACUGAGCCUGUUGAAGAAGGUCAAUUUAAACAUCACACGGGUGCGCAACGAGAUUAGGGACGAGAUCGAAUCUUCUGAGAGGAAGGAGAAGCAGUACGACGCCAACGCUGACAUGCUGUUGACGGAGAGGUCGUAUACGGCGGAGGUGAUCGACGAAUUCAAAUACCUCUUCAGCAACGAAGACAGGGCUACUCGGAUAACUGCGGGUCAUCAGAUGCAAGAUAUGUUGGUGGAUUGUUCAUUCUCCGGCCGCCAGUGUUACUCCGAACAUUUUUCGUUGGUGACGUCAUCGACGUUUGGGAACUGCUUCAGCAUUGACCAUCAUCGGCUAGUGACAAGCAGAAGUGGACCGACAGGCGGUUUACAGGUGAUUUUGUACCUGGAGAACGAGGAGUACCUGCGCGGGAUCACGACCGGGAACGGCGGUCACGUAGUCAUCCACCAGUCGAGCACGACACCAUUCCCCGAGGACGACGGCGUCGCCUUGAUGGCCGGCACCGAGACAAACAUAGCUCUCAGAAUGAUACGUAUAUCUCGACUCGGGCCCCCACAUGGAGUCUGUGAACCAGGAGAACGAUUCAAGGACAGGUUUGGGUUCGUGUAUACACGACAGACGUGUCAAGCAUUUUGUGAGCAGAGUUUAAUCGUUGAGUCAUGCGGGUGCUAUAACGAGGAGAAAGAAGAGCUGAACAGAGCCAUUAACUCUAUUAAACUACCCAGCUGCAGGAAUCGCAAACAAGUUGCCUGCAUGCUGAACACGUCACGGCAGUUUGAACGAGGCAAGUUAGAAUGCGACUGUCACACCCCAUGCAUUGAAAUCCGCUAUGAAAAGAUGAUGUCAUUACGCCAGUGGCCUUCUGACGAAUAUGCAGUUCUGUUGGUAAAAAGUCUUUGCGAGGCAAAAAACAUAUCAGAAUGUAUCAGACUACGCAGUCUCGACAGUCGCAAACUUGCAAAUUCCUUCAUCAAACUGAACAUAUAUUACGAAGAUUUAAAUUACGAAAAUAUCACAGAAGAACCUGAUUAUGAGUUUGUACAGUUUGCUUCAGAUGUGGGCGGAACCAUCGGUCUGUGGGUUGGAUUGUCUCUCCUUAGUAUGUUUGAAGUGUUGCAGUUCCUUAUGGAGUUAGGCAAACAUUUCUUGUGUGGGCCAUGUCCAAGAAAACCUCAUAAAACGAAGAAUGCCAAUUCUAGGACAAACCUUCAUCAAAACGUUCGUGAUCAUUCGCUGACAAUGAAUGCUGAAGAAACACGUUCAUCGCAUUUUUCUGGUUAUUAAAAAAACCUUAGCUUCA